ACCGAUUCGAUCAAGAUACAAACAAGCCACCUUGGUCAAACAUCGGGGUUUAUUUGUCAAAUUUCCCUUGUCGAUCAGCGAGACAACUGAGCAUGCUUAAGCGAAGACCACAAGUACUCAUCUGCCAAGCACAAGGCAAUCUGCCAGCGAUUCCGGUACAGCGUCUACGUACUGUUCCCAAUAGUCGGCUGCUCCGUGCUUCGAAAGCUUGCUGGAGUAGCGUUCACCAACCGAAAGUACCGUCAACGGCGAGAGAUCCCGAGUCUGUAUCAGUUCUCACCAACGAUAUAUAUAACGUACGCACGAACAGCCGGUCCCAUCGCAUUCCUCUGACGUUGGUCGACAUUCACCUCCGUCAUGAACAGCUACCGUUCGCUUACUUUUUCAAGCGAGCGCUCAACGAAGCACGAUUAUUGGAAUCCUUGCAAGGGAUUUUACGCGAGGAUUUUCCGCAAACAGGUGGACGUCUGUAUCAACACAUGUCUAUACAAUGCAGUCCGAACGAUACGGUACCAAUUUCUUUUGGAACAAUAAACAUGAGUUUCUCAGAGUGGCAAGAUCAAGCAUGGGGCCACACGCAUCAGGCAGGCAACGGGCACCCGGUGUUGCUACCGAUUUUUGAUACUCUGUUUCCGCAUCGACCGAAAAAAAACGACACCCAUGACUUUACCGAUUACCCGGGAAGUCUACUAAAAAUUCGCGUUACUAAUUUUGAGUGUGGCGGAACAGCGUUGGGAAUCAAUUUCAACCACGUUCUAGGAGACACGGCAUCUUGUGUCGAUUUUGUUUCUCGUUGGAGCCAUCGUUACACUCGUCGUUGGGAAAAGCUUCAGCAAAAUGCAAAACUUCCGCGGAAGGUAUCAAUCAUGAAAGAAAUAAAAGGAGAAAGCCAAAGCAAUGACCGAUCUCAAGCAACGGUUUCUGGAAUGAUGACAGUAGAUUUGGCCUUACUUAUGGGACUGCAGCGCAAUGAUGAGCAAACAAUGCAGCCGCAUGCUUCUUUUGUACCCGUGAUCGAACAGACAUACGUGCCUCGGUUUUUGCAAGAUUUGUGGCACGCUAACUGUAUGCAACAAGCUGCUUUGUCCCCUGCCCUAAACAUUGAACCUGCUCGAGUUGAGCAUGAAUAUGUUCGCCUAGCUUUUCCCCCGGAACUUGUUUUAGCAAUGAAAUUGCUGGGAAGAUCCUUAUUUGCACAAGCAGUUGAUGAUAAUAUUGCUUUUGUUUCGACAAACGAUAUGCUAACAGCUUUUGGUUGGCUUCUGAAACGGAACUUGGCGAACGAGCCGAAUCACGCUAUUCGAAUGGUUGUCAACCUUAGAGGGAAAUUUGACGUGCAAGAGAACCUGUUCGGCAACGGUAUCACCCACGUGACAGCCGACCUUGCUACUUCUUGCGUGCGCUCCGCAAUUACGGUAGCCGAACUAGGGUUAGCGGCCAUGUCCAUCCGAAGAGCUCUUGUUGCGGGACUUUUGGAGGUUCCUCGUGGCCUACAGGAAUCUCGUUUGGGCAAUGAAUUUAGCACCAUCUCAAGGAUUUCGUCAACUCCGUCGUUUUCGACUACUAGUUGGGGACAAUUUCCUCUGUGGAAGAUCCAAUUUGGAUGCCAUCCUCUGGCGGCAUUUCACGGCCACCCCUCACACCCAUUGCCGUUGGGUCGCACUUUUGCAUCUGUCAUCACUCCAACUUUAGACGGUGGGUUUGUGUACGAAAUGUUGGUACCGUCAGACCAAGUAAUGCGCGCACAGGAGCUACACCAAGCCUUGGCGAAGAAAUGCUUGGAUUGGGACCAAGCUCACAUCCUUGAAUCCUAA